AUGUGUCAAGACGGCGUUCAUCACCCAACCUGUCCAUUCUGUCCAUUCUCUGAUCCUGAUGACACCUUUGUUGCGCAGCAUGUUGAAUACUGUCAUCCCGAAGGUGGCAGACAAUUCGAGACUCCCUCUGAAGAAAAUGGGGAUGAAGAUCAACCAACUCCCAGAUACCAACAACCACAAAUCCCAGGUGAUGAAAAUAUGUACAUCGAAUGUCCACAUGGCUGUGGUGAGAUCCUAGUAUCUGCUGAAAUCCCGUAUCAUCUUGAUAUGCAUGCCGCAGAAGAGAUGGCAGUUGACAACGCGCCAUCGAUCUAUCCAAAACCCUCUGUGAGAGUGAGCGGAGUCCAGGACCACGACCGUUCACGCUCAAAAAAUCGAAUGGGCGAUGACGGGACUCUCGAAGAUUCUUGCAACGUUUCAGUUAAACCCCGGUUUCCAAGGCAGGGGCCUGGCCCAUCGUCAACGGAAAAAGGGUUGACGAGCUCCAUGCUAGCCAAUGUGUCGCCUCCUGGAAGUGUGAAAAGACUCGGACGUGCAGAACUGGGACCAUACGCUCAUGAAACACGAAUGCCGUCGUGGCUUCGGAGAUUACUAGAACAGGGUGCAAAGAAAACACAGUCCAACAUCAUCGGCCCGGAUGGCAAGCUUUUAAAAAGAGAGACAAUUGAAAACGAGACCACCAAUGUGAUCUCAGUGCUUGCCCAACUAUGCCAACAAGACAAGUCUGUUCAGCGAGCUUUUUUCUGCAAUCCGAAGGUCCGCCAAAUUUCUAAGAUGCCAAGGGAAGGCGGCUUCUGUGGUUACAGGAAUAUUCAGAUGCUCAUUUCGUACAUUCAAGAAUCUCAUAUCGCCGGUCAUGAGCAUUUUACUGAGACGCUACCGACUAUUCUGCAGCUACAGGAUAUGAUCGAACGUGCAUGGGAUAUGGGAUUCAACAGCGUAGGAAGAGCCGAGACCGGGGGGAUUCGCGGCACCAGGAAGUACAUUGGCACGCCAGAGGCACAGGCUCUAUUUCUGAGUCUGGGGAUAGACUGCGAAGCAAAUAGCAUCGGAGAAACCAGGGAGAUGCGUGCCCACGACGCCUUGUACGCGGCUGUCGCGGCCUAUUUCCGGUGCGCAUGCUCCUUGGACGAAGAGGACAAAGUCUUUGUGACUAACCUACCCCCCAUAUAUCUACAACACCAAGGCCACUCCUUAACCAUCGUUGGCUUCGAAAUUCGGGGUGACGGAGGUGCGAAUCUUCUGGUCUUCGAUCCAAUGUUUAAGUCCCCGCUGGCAGUGAGACGUCUCAGUGGACCAAGAGCAAUAGCAUCUCCCGAUCCAACGAAGGUCCUAAAAGCAUAUCGGCGCGGUACUACCUAUUUGCAGAAAUACAAGGUGUUCGAGCUUCUCAAACUGCGCGUUUGUUAG